AAUUAAAUUUAACAAUAAAUUGGAUUGAAAUAUAAUACAAAGUACAAAUCAAAUAAACAGAAACUUGCUUGAAACGAAAUAUUUAAAGUACCUAACUAAGAAUAUUUUCCUUGCAAUAAUGAAAAACAAAUAAACUUUUCUCACACACAUAAACUAUACGAAAGCUGUAUUAUAUUCAUCUUAUUUGAGAUUUAAUAUUAUAAUAAGAUAUAGAAAUAUUUUCUAACCCUUCUAACCUUUUCGAAACCGUUUAGAGUUUGUUUUAACUCUGCAGUUUUCGUUCUGUCCUUCACAAAUUUUUUAAUGGCAGAUCAAGAACGAUUGCAGCGAAUAAAAGCCGGUGCAUUUUUAGCAUCUGUUGCUGGAAUAUCAGCAUUUGUGGGAUUUGGAGCUACAUUAUCUGCAGCAAGAAAGUCCGAUCCAAAAUAUUUCAACAAAGGUAUACAGGGUGGUGUAGAAUUAGCUGAUGCAGGAGCUAUACUUGCUAUGAGAGCUCUUGGUUGGGGCACACUUUAUGCAAUAGCUGGUACCUCCUGUUUGUGUUAUGGAAUAUGGAAAUUAUCAGGUGCAAAAGAUCUCAAGGAUUUUCGAGUUAAAAUGGGUAACUUGCUGCCUGUCUUACCAAAAAAUAAUCCACCACAGUCAAGAACUGAAUUUAGUGGACUUAAUGAUUUAUUAACAUACUUAUCAGAAGACUAUGGGAAAAAGAAAUAAAACACAAGCAUGUAUAAAAUAAUUUAUAUUACAAACUUAGAAGUAGAUAAUAAACUAUUAAUUACUUAAA